CUUCAAUAUCAUCCACUGGAAUAACUUUAUCAUGACUCUAUCCACACCCCAACUCACCACACCCACCAUAACAACGCCCCCAGCCUGGUCCACCCUCCCGAAAAGCCUCCGCCAAACACCUCCCUCAAACCUCACAUCCCACUCGAUAAACCAAAAGCGCGGCAAACCCCUCGACUCCUUCCCCGAAGGCCCCAUCUAUGUCCAAUCUCUAAACCUCCUCUUUCUAACCGACAUUCCCUACGGACGGAUCUUCACCCUCGACCCCAUCACCACGCAAUGGUCCCUCUUCAUCCAAUACGACGGCGAACCCAGCGGACUCGCCUACCACCACAUUACAAAAAAAAAAAAAAAAAAUCCUAAUCGCUGACUUCAAAAAUGGCCUUCUGGAACUCGACCCCGUCACGAAAAACCUCCGCACUAUUGUCUCCCGCUACCACGGCGAGAGACUGAAAGACCCGAAUGAUCUGAUGGUUGAUUCGAAGGGACUGGUGUAUUUCACUGAUCAGGGAAUGACGGGGCUGCAUGAUGCGACGGGACGGGUGCUCAGGUUGUUUCUUGAUGGAAGAAGCAAUGGUGAGGGGGUUGACGGUGAAGUUGGUGGGAGGCUAGAGAUGAUUAUAUCGGAUGGGCCAUCGCCAAAUGGGUUGGCGUUGAGUCGCGACGAGUCGGCCUGUUUGUAGCCAUGACGAGGGAUAAUCCUAUCUGG